AAUAAGAAAAGUUCUCUUAAUCAGGCUAAAGAGUCUAACUAACUCUGAUUAUUACAGUUGGUAAAAUAAUUUUGAAGAAUUAACAGACUUAGGCAGUCACUAAAUUAAUCCCUCCCCCUGAGUCCUGACACUACCACGCAGUAUUUAAACUUGGUGUCACAACGCUAUCUCAGGACAAUCCCUCGACAGUCUCUUACCAUCACAGCUUCACACUUCUGCACUUCAGCAGCAAUGAGGUCGCUAGUGGCAUUCGUGUUCAUCUGCAUGGUUUUACCAAAAGCUGCUUCUGGCCUGAGCUGUUACACUUGUGAUCCCACUAAUUGUAAUAAAUAUUUACUGGAGACCUGUUCUUCAGGGUCCAAUUACUGCUUCACUGCAUCAGCUAAUGUGCUUAACAAUAAAUUUACUUUGAAAACUUGUGCAACAAAGGAGAUCUGCGAUGGGGCUCAAUCAUUUAUAACGGGAGCUGCCUUUUCAAAUGUGAAGUGUUGUCAGGAGAACCUGUGUAACAGUGCUGAGAGAUUCACUCUGAGUUUCCUCUUCAUGUUCAUCCCUCUGCUCUUCUCCAUUCUCUUCUACUGAGCUCUGAUGAAGAAGCUCACUCUAGUACAAAAAUACAAAAUGAGAAAUAAAAAUCUUUGCGGUUCUCUCUUAUUUGUUUAUUUUACUGUAGUGCAUCUUGUGAAAAGCAUCCUGUCAAUAAACUGAAGUGUUGACUCA